AUGUUUAAACAAAUUAGAUCUAUUAGAUUCAAAUCUACCUUAUCGAUAUCAAGUUUUAAUAACAAAGAGAUAUCAUUGUUAAUAAAUAAUAAACCAGUUACUUUCAAUAAUGUAUUUUUACGAGAUUCAUGUCAAUCUUUAAAAUCAGUCGAUCCAUAUUCAAAACAAAAAUUAUUCACCACGGCAGAAGCAGCUACUAAUUUAACAAUUGCGAAACCACCAAGUAUAGAUGAUAGUAAAUCCGAGCCACUUUUGAAGAUUCAAUGGAAUAAUAAUAAUGAAAUAAUAGAUUCAGAGUAUUCUAGUUCUUGGUUAUCGAAAUUUUCAACAGCUGAAGGACGAAGAAUUGAGAAAUUUUUCGACAGUGACAAGAAGCUCUGGGGUAAACAAGAUAUUGAAGAUAAUAUGGAUAGCUUAACUAUCACCUGUGAUGACUUUUUAAAUAAAGAUGAUAAAUUUUUCCAAGCUUUAUUCAAUUUAAAUAAAUUCGGUUUAGUUUUCAUUAAAGACAUUCCACAACCUGAUUUAACUAAGAAAAUGUCCGAAUUAAAUGCUUCAGAAUGGCCAGUUUGUAAACUCGGUGAAAAAUUUGGAUACAUUAAAAAGACAUUCUACGGUACAUUAUUCGAUGUUAAGAAUGAAAAAGAAGAAGCUAAAAAUAUAGCAAAUACAAAUACUUUCUUACCUUUACAUAUGGACUUAUUAUAUUAUGAAUCACCACCCGGCUUACAAUUAUUACAUUUUAUUCAAAAUUCAACCCUUGGUGGUGAAAAUAUAUUUUGUGAUUCAUUUUUAGCUGCAAAAUAUGUAUUUGACAAUGAUUUAAAAGCAUAUAAAGCAUUGACUAAGAUACCUAUUACCUAUCAUUAUGAUAAUAACAAUGAAUAUUAUUAUUAUAAAAGGCCAUUAAUAAUUGAAGGUUUAGAAGUACCUAAAGAUUCAAAUUUCCCUAAAAUUCAUGCAAUUAAUUAUUCACCACCAUUUCAAGGACCAUUAGAAGUUGGUAUAACUAAAGAUGAUCCAAAUUAUGAAUUAUUUGAUGAUUUCCUCAAAGGUAUGCAAUUAUUUGAAAAUUUUAUAAAUGAUCCCAAAAAUCAUUUUGAAAUUAAAAUGAAAGAAGGUACUUGUGUCAUUUUUGAAAAUCGUAGAGCAUUACAUUCAAGAAAUGAAUUUAGUGAUUCAAAUGGUGGUGAUAGAUGGUUAAUGGGUACUUAUGUAGAUGGAGAUAGUUUUAGAUCUAAACUACGUGUAAAUUAUAGAAAAUUUAAAUAG